ACGUCAGCACCAAAACAAACCGGCGCAGUAGUUUUGCCGGUAUUUUUGUUUACAUCGCCGACUAGGUUACACAGCUGAUUGCGAUUCUUGUUGCAAUUUCGGAGCAUAUUUUGUGAGUGAAAUUUGUCAAGCGUUCGCGAAAUCUAGUCUACAUCUUAAGUGGACAGCUCUGUUAUUUGUAUGUGUUCUAAUGAAAAUUUAUAAACAAUGUUUGGAAAUAAACGACUGGCGAAAAGAUCCAUCGUUGGGACUCGCGUAAGUGCUUUAUGGCCGCAAGAUGGCCGAUUUUACCCUGGGAUAAUUCAAUCACAGCUUUCAGAGGAUACCAUCACUUCCAGCGGUGUUUACGUGGUUAAAUUCAACGACGGCCAUUGCUUGAACAUUAAAUCAAAAUUGAUUAUCGGCCAUGGGUUUCAGCCCAUAACUUCGGUGACUUUAAAAUGGGGUCAGAAGGUGUUUAUAACUUUAAAUGGCCGAGAAGUCUCCGGUGUUGUCUUACGUCACAGCCGUGAAACAGAUGAAGUUGUCAUCAACGUUAGAACGCCGAGCGGGGAAACCUUUGAGGCUUCUCGGAGGCUGGAGGAUGUUCGGCUUCUUGAAAGCAGGAAAUCAGCCAGGCUGGUUGACCAGCCGGACACUGACUAUUCCAAACUCGCUGACUUGCAGCUGGGCAAUGUCAUGUCAGAGUAUCAGGGUCACAAAAAGAGGGUCCCCUCCCACGUCAUAGAUGUCCCGCUUGCAGACAGUGAUAAAAAUGAACGACACAGAAGGCAGCGCCACCUAUCGGAGGACCUCCCCGACAACGACCACGGUGGUGACUUUUGUGACGUGGAGAUGAUGGACGAGAGGAUAGCCGCCAUGGUGCUCACUUCCCUUUCGGUCAGCCCCAAGUCCCCGUCGGUUGGUCAGCAACACUCCCACACACACACUGGCAGUAAAGAUUACUUAGACACACAACUUACCUGUCCAGACAGCCAUCUUUCCAGCAGCGUCGCCAGCAGUGGCUUCUACAGCGGGCACUCGGAGCGCGAUGACCAUUCCCCGCCGCUUCCACCGCUGAGCGAGAGCGCCCCUGCCCUGAUGGGCUACCAGCCACCCACCCCAGCCUCCGACGAUGACAGCUCCAACAGUUCUGGCAGACUUCUCAUUUGUGAAGAAGAGGAAGACAUUGUGUACAAGUGUACAUGGAGAGGAUGUAAGGAAACAUGUACAUCAAGAAAUCAGAUGGAGAGACACAUUCGAAGACAGCAUUUUAAUCGAGACAGUGACUUGGAGUUGACAGACAACGAGGAAGACUUUCAUUACACGGAGGUCAACGUCUCCUCCCAGUCCAUCAACACGAUGACAAAAUCAUUUGCAGCGAUGAAUACGUCCUCAAGGUCUCCCCUGGAGGAGAACAGGAGUCGACAUGCUAGUGAAGAUUUGGUCAGUGUGUCUGCAGCCUCUGUUCCAGCCAGUAGCAACAAGAGCAGCCUCAGUCCCGAAGCUGCUGUCUACGUUAUCAAUAAUGUAGGCGAUGGGGUAAAGAAGGUGAUGGACCAUGACUAUCAAAGAAAGAAUGCAAAGAUUGCCUUGGCAAGUUCUGUACCAACUGGAAAUCUUGUUCUAAAUGUUGAACAACCCAAGAGUUUACCUAUUGCGAUCUCUGAGGGUCAGAUUCAGAAGUCUCUCUCUUGGCAAAUUCAUUCUUCUCCUAGUGGACAUCUGAUUUCUCCGCCACAGAGACCAAAUAAACCCACACCACAGGAAAGAUUGCACCAGCACCAGGCCCAGUCUCCCAAGUCGGGCAUGCCCCCCACAACAUUCAAGGUCGCACAGCAUCGCAGACCCAGAAGUGAAGUGCGUAAAUGUCGGAAAGUGUACGGCAUGGAGAACAGGGAUCAGUGGUGCACGCAGUGCAAGUGGAAGAAAGCCUGCACUAGAUUUAUUGACUAAUUGAUUUUUUUUUCCCACAUUGUUGUGUGUUUCAUACAUUUGAAGUUUAUAUAUGGGUUGGUUGAACAGAUUUCUAAUUUGUUUGCGAUUCUUUCGCAGGAACAUGCACACAAAAAAAGAAGAAAUAGCAAUAUUUACAAUGAUAUAAAAGUAUUAUCAAUGAAUUAAAAAUUAUUGUAAUACCAGUAUUGAUUUUGUUAAUGCAAAUUGGACUCAAAACUAAGGGAGGUAACCAGCAUGACUGUAUUGUGUUGGUUUAUUUUAGUUUGGCACAAGUUGUGGACUACAUAGAUCUCAUUCUUUGACCACUUUGUGACUGAAAACUUUUUAAUGACCUUUGACAUUUGAUGAAGGAUUUAACUUUUGGCUGUUUGAGUUGGCAAACAUUCAUUAUAAUGUCUGAGCCUUACCUUUACCUUUACCUUUACCUAUCCCUUAAUCUGUUGGACCGUUGGGGCACCAGGCAAGAUUUGUCGACCGUCUUUCUCCAUUCCUCCCUUUUUUUUGCCUUGAUCAGAACCUCUCUCAAUGGCAGGCCUGUCCAUUCUUUAAUGUUGUCCUCCCAUCGCUUUUUCUGUCUGCCUCUUCUUCUUUUUCCUGGCACUGUUCCCUGAAGAAAGGUCUUUGCGAGCCCCGUAGAUCUUGUAAUGUGGCCAAAGGUUUUAAGCUUUCGUUUUUUCACAAUAGUAAGCAGGUCGUCAUGAGCUCCGAUCGCUACAGUAACCCUGUCUCUGAUUUCUUGGUUUGUGAUGCGGUCUCUGGUCAUGGCCACAUUUUUAUAUGCUUGCGAGUCGUGGACGUUGAAUGCAGAGCUUGAGAGGAGGAUCCUAGCAAUGGAAUUGAGAUGCUACAGAAGGAUCCUAGGCAUCACAUUCAAAGACCGUCUGAGCCUAAGCUAAUCAAUUCACACCCUUUUUGUGUGAGUGCAAAAAAUUUUUGAAUUGGUAUAGCUUGACCAGGGAGGUCAUAAUUCCAAAAAUCAACUAUAUUAAAGCAGCUAGUAAGAUGUUUUCCACUUCCUAUGAAAGCAUCUAUUAAGUGGAAUGCUGUUCCCAUCUCAAGGAAACCACCAGAAAGAGGAACUUCCCUCCUUAAAGGAGCAGCGAACAAGUUCACCUUUCCCUGUUUAUGAGCCAAUCAGAGUCUCCCUACUGAGGUCACCAUUGUUUCAGAAACUGGUCCUUAUUCCCUUCAUAGAUCCAAAGAUCUAAAUCUUAACAAUGAAUUUAAGCAAUCAUAUUAUCAAAGCAUUGUCUCCUGUUGAUAGCUACUAAGUGACCAUGUGUCUCCUGUUGAUGGCUACUAAGUGACCAUGCAUCCCCAAUUGAUAGCUACUAAGUGACCAUGUGUCUCCUAUUGAUAGCUACUAAGUCUCAGACGUUAAGUCGUAUCACAUUUUCUUUAAUAAUAAUUAUAUAUAUAUAUGUAAAUAGCUUAUUCAUGAACUAUGUAUAAAUAAUUGUAUGCUCUUAUUAAAUCUUUGACUGGGAUGUACCCAACAAUCCCCUUGUUAAAACUGAGAUAUUUUCAACUUGUAAUAUUUUCUUAGAAAUAUGCUGUAAGCUCAUACAAAGAGGACAGCCAAAUGAAAUAAUUAUCGUUGUAUUUUGAAGCACAAUGUGACCAUGUGUUGUUUAACAGAGUGUUUGCAAAGAAAAACUUCAAUCAACGGAUUCAUACUAAAGUUUAGCCCAAAUAAUUUGUUUCCCAAGAGAAGUAGCAAUAUCAAGCAUUGAAUCAUGGAGCUAGAAUAAAUCUUUCAUGAGUCCCUUGCAUUCAGUAAUGUUGGUAGGAUUCUAGAAGCCCUCUCCCCCCACCUUCAUAGUUGAAAAUGAACACAAUCUCAUUAUUUAUGAACUAGAAGUGGCUCAUUCUCAUUAACACUCAAGGCAUAGGUAGGUGGGGUCUAUUGCAAUGUAGCCAGAUUUUGCUAUACAUUCUUUAGUUAAUCUUUUCUCCUUGCCAGCGGGCUACCCUCCUCUGCUUGUAGCUAAAAAUAUCAACACGAAUUCAUGUCAUGAGGAGUGAUCUAAGGCUAGGAUUGAUUCUACUCUUUUGUUGAUUCAAUUCGACUCAAAGGCAAAGACUAUACAUUUCUUUUUUUUAACUUAACUUUCUUUGGGGAGGAAACCCAGCACUACUGAACCAUAGUAUCUCUGUAAUAGUUUCAAGAAACAUUCUUUGAAAAAAAAAAUGUUUAAGUUGAUUUGUAUAUAGUUGUAUCUGACAUUAUUUUAUCAAAGUCAUUGAAUGUACUAAUGCUCUUUCACAAUGUAGUUAAUUGUGUCCUAAGCAUAUCCAUCUAGCUGUUGAAGCUAGAGAUUCAGGCAACUACCCACGCUCAAAUGGCAUUUGGAAAGAAUGAAUUCCUUUAUGUAUUUCUUCUAGAAUAUGGAAAUCUGUUGUUUUUUUAAAAAUCUUUUGAGUCUUUCUUGAUAGAUUAUUACCGUAUUCUAAUGGUUGCUAACUCUGUAUUUCACAUCCUCAGUUGAAUUAAGUUGUAAAGUAUAAAAGAACAAUGGCGUUACAUGACUCAGGCCUCUAUCUUAAGACUCUAAAUAAUCAUGUCUCCAGCUGAUGUCGUUAGUGAUUCAAGUAAAUUAUAAUUUAUGGAAUUGAUUUUAUUUAUUAAAAAUUAGAAAGGUAUAUUUCUUUUAAAAUUGUUUUACUUUAAGAGUUCAAUUAUUUAUGGUGCCAUAAAGUUGUGAUUAAAAAUUCUGCAGCCAUGAUGGUGAAAUUGUAUUUACAAAUUUAGCACCAUCUAGAAACUUUCAAGUGACUAAGUUUGUCAAGUUUCGCAAGUCAAAGUGUUGACUUACUUUGACAAUUUAUUAAUUCUUGUAAGAAAAACUUUUUUUUUUUUUUCUUCUUUUUUUAAUCGUAUACAUACCACACAUUUGUUUUUUCAGUUAUUGAUACACCGAAAAAGUUACAAAUUGUCUCAUGUAUUCAUCACUUUUCUUGUAAGCUUUGGAUUUUAUUUCUACACACUGUUACUUUAAUGUGCAUACUGGGUUAAACAAUUGUACACAAUGUGAUGUUGUUUUUUUCUUUAUACUAUUUUUCGUAAAACUAUCAUGGAGUGUGAAAAUAAAAUCUAUUAUGCAAUACAUUUUUUAUGUUCAUCCCAAGUUUCAGUGUGAAUUUUUUUUUGUUUCUCUUGGCAAUGAAAUGCAGUUGCCAACAAAAUUUGUAUUACAGUUUUGAAAAUUUUUUUUUAUUCAGAAUUUCUUCCACUUGUGUAAUUGUAUCUAAUAAGAAAAAUAUUGUUAUGUUAUUAUUCGGAUUAGACAGUUUAGUAGAUUUAUUGAUUAUUAUUGGUGUUAAGAAAGAAAAUUAUGCACAUCUCCGAUAUAAAUUUGUUUGUUAAUCUCUAUGGUUGAAUAUUUUACAAUGAACUAUUUAGCACCAAAGUUUCUGUUGUACAUACUCUAAGAAUUGGUGUACAUUACUUGGAUGUUUCAAAGUUGUAGAUACUGACACGAUAUGUAGAUAAAUAAAUGCAAUAUUACAAUCAUAAACUCUUUGAAGCCAUGUAAAUACAUGUGUAUAUUUGUGUAUAAUGGAAUUCAUUUUGUCCACAUUAUGAGUUGGCACCUGGAGAUUGUAAAAUGGUGAAAAUCUUGCGCCAGCAACAUUAAGUCUUUUUUUUUUUUUUUUUCAAGGCUUUUGAAUGUACAAAAAAAUUGUAAAUAAAUUUCCUUGGGAAUAAACCUUGGAUAAUAGCAUAAAUAUAUUAGUAGUUUUCUUUCGUCUGUUUCUGUCAAGCAAUUUUGUUUCCUUUUAUUCGACUUGGUCUUAUUUUAUGAUAUUUUUGUACAGAAUCAGUCCAUUUAUAUCAAGUCUUUUGUGAUGACACAAUAUUUGAGAACAGAAAUUUUGGGCAGUAACCCAACAUACCAGACAACUGCUGACUCAUUUAAGUUUUAUCUUAACUGAACAUGUUUCAAACUGUCAUAUUUCAGAGUAAAAAAAAAAAAUAGACUAAAAUAACAACUGCUUAAAACUGUCAUAAAAGUGGUGCCUUUGAAUUCAUUUUGUCAAUGCUAAAUUUUUUUUUUUCAACAUCUACAAACCAUAUCAGUUUAUCUGAGAAAUAAUACUUGUCAAGUAUUGUAAACAAAUUUUGCCAACUUAUCAAGUUUUUUGCCAAAUUGAUUUAUUAUUAAAGUUGUUUUUUUUUAAUUCUUGACCAAGAAGAAUUACAACUGUAAAUAACUGUGUACAAUUUCUGAAUGCCUUAACAAUGCAAAAAGUCAUAAAACUUUAGUAAUUCUCACUGACCAACUGAACGUAUAAUGUUUUUCCAUGUCUUCUAGUAAUAAAACAAUUUGGCAGCUGUCAAGUUUUAUUAUCUGGCCAUUGUUGCCAGUUUUGUUUUUUUCUCUCAUGUACUAUGUUUGCUCAAAUCAAACAAAUAAAAAACUGCUCUAAUAUAAAAAUUAUCACAAAAAAAAUUUGAUUAACCCUAUUCCAUUUCACAAUUUAUAGGUAAUUUUGUAUUAUUAUUAUAGGGCUUUUAUUUAACUGUUGUUAUGUUUUGACAUUGAAAGCUUUCACCGGUGUUUGCAAAAAAAAAGUAUUAUCAAAAAAAUUUUUUUUUUUGUAAUUUUUUGCCCCAUCCCAAUAAAUAUCUUCGGACAAUUUAUCAGUCUAUGAGAAGAAAGAAAAAAGUUUGUCCAAAGACUUUCAAAAUGGUCUUGCAAGGCAUUUUAUUUGUAUUGAGCAAAUAUAAGCACAGACAAAGGCAUUGUGAUUUUUAUGACUUCUGUUGUGUCCAUUCUAAAUGGCUACGAGAUUCAACAAAUGAAAGUUAGUAGCAGUGAAAAUGUAAAGAUUGUAAAUGACUAAACAGGUUUUUUUUAACUGAUGUAAAAUUUACACCAGGUAGUGAAAGCUAAGGGAUAAUGUAAACAAAGUUUGUGAUAACUCUAACCCAUGUUCAGUUUUCUAGCUGUAGUGUGCAAGUCCAGCAGAUAUAUCCAUUAGUUGAGGGAUUGUCUUAAUGCAAUGAUCCAUUGAGUCAAAUCCUUUAAUGAGCUAGAUCAAGAGACUUCAACUUUCCAAGAGUUGAACUGUAUAAACAUUCCUUUUCUUACCCAUGCUGUUAAGUGACACAAUAAUUCAUUCUCUAGCCCAAUGUGUAUUGAGAUGUUUUCUAGGAAGUCUGUAUUAAGAGAUUGGCAACAAAAUAUAGUACACUUGAGAUAAUUAUCUCUGGCAUGUGAUUUGUAUGAGUAGUUCCACAAACUAGUGAUUUCAAUAUGAAAAUUCCAUAGUUUACCCUCCUUAAUAUUUUACUUAGGUCAGUAAUAAAAUGACAUUUGUAUUUAUAGAACCCGACUAAUUUUUCUCCUUUGCAAAUGCAGUUCUUUCUUGAACUACAAAAGAGAUUAUGUAUUUAUACUUGUAGAACUUGUUUGGCUGUUAUACUUUUAGAACUAAUGAAUGGAUUCUGGUCAUCUUUGGUUCUGUCACACAAUGACUUGCAACAAUAAAAUAAAAAAGUUGACAAGAGUCA